AUGCCAAAAAAGAAGGAUCUGUUUCUGGUGGCGGAUUUCUACUGCUGCUACCUCCUCCAGUCGCUUGCCAAACAGCAGUCCUUCUACAUCGGGUCCACCCCUGACCCCAUCAGGCGUCUCCGCCAACACAACGGGGAGAUUAAGGGCGGCGCGUGGCGGACGAAAAAGGAUGGGUGUGCACCGUGGAAGAUGGUCACUAUUGUAUACGGCUUUCCUUCCAAUAUUGCAGCGCUCCAGUUUGAGCACGCUUUCCAGCACGCGCACCAGACGCGACAUAUCCCCGUGGCCACGCGCAUUUCCAAGAGCAAGGUUGCGGGGCGGUCACUCGCAUACAAGCUCGGAAACAUCCGCCUCCUCCUCAUGGCGCCUUUUUUUGCACGCAUGAACCUCAAGGUACAGAUCUUCGACCGCGACGCGUAUGAACAAUGGUGCGCGAACAAGUUUGGCGCGCGGCUCCCGGACUUUACCUUCGUCGAUCAGGGCUUUGCCGAAAUGAGCGAGUUUCUCCAAUACAUCAAGGACAAGGAGAACGCUAUUUUCGCUCGUCUGAAGGAGCUCGUCGUUCAGGGCAGCCAUAAGUGUUCCGUCUGUAGCGUGGAGGUCGAUUACACCGUCGUGGAGGAGAGGGAGGUGCCGCCAUUGGUAUCUGUUUGCUACCACGCAGAGUGCCUGUCGGUUGCACACCUCACAUGCUUGGCACGCAAAGCGCUUGUGCAGGAGGUGGAAGCGUGCAACGAGGCCGAGCUCGCGGCCGGCUCGCAGGUGCUCUCGCGUGCGCAGAUGUUCACCAAGUUGCGGCGUACCGACCUCACGCAGUACUCCCAGGCGUCGCGCAACUUGCUCAAAGAGCGGUUGGAGCAGGGAGAGGAGGUCUCGGACGCGGGCUUUGUGAAUCCUGUGGUGCCUGUGAAGGCGACAUGCGUGGAGUGUGGGCGGGUCUUGGUAUGGUCGGCAGUAGUGAAGAACGCGACGAGGUUGAGAGCGUAUGCGGUGGAGCCCAGUUGA